CUCCCGGCCCUGGACCCGGAGUGACCGACCCCACCAGCUCCAGGGCUCCCGAUGCGAAGAUUGGAAACGCCGAAAGGAGUAAACUACCAUGGCUGCUGGAGUCUUGUCUCAGAAUGAACACCCAUAUUCCACUUUGGUAAAUCCCAGUGGGUAUGCUGAAAACCUGGAAGGAAAUUCUGGACGUCCAACACCAAAGUACACCAAAGUAGGAGAGCGUUUGCGGCAUGUCAUCCCUGGACACAUGGCAUGUUCCAUGGCUUGUGGUGGUAGAGCCUGCAAGUAUGAGAACCCAGCCCGCUGGAGUGAACAGGAGCAAGCCAUUAAGGGGGUUUACUCAUCUUGGGUCACUGACAAUAUCCUGGCCAUGGCUCGCCCAUCCUCCGAGCUCCUCGAGAAGUACCAUAUCAUCGAGCAGUUCCUCAGUCAUGGCAUAAAAACAAUAAUCAACCUGCAGCGCCCUGGUGAGCACGCUAGCUGUGGGAAUUCUCUGGAACAAGAAAGUGGCUUCACCUACCUUCCCGAAGCAUUCAUGGAGGCUGGCAUUUAUUUCUACAAUUUCGGGUGGAAGGAUUAUGGUGUGGCUUCUCUCACUGCUAUCUUAGAUAUGGUGAAGGUGAUGACAUUUGCCUUACAGGAAGGAAAAGUAGCCAUCCAUUGUCACGCAGGGCUUGGCCGAACAGGUGUCUUAAUAGCAUGUUAUUUAGUCUUUGCAACAAGAAUGACUGCCGAUCAAGCAAUUAUAUUUGUACGGGCAAAGCGACCCAAUUCCAUACAAACCAGAGGGCAGCUGCUCUGUGUUCGGGAAUUUACUCAGUUUCUGGCUCCUCUCCGCAAUAUCUUCUCUUGUUGUGAUCCCAAAGCACAUGCUGUCACCUUAGCCCAGUACUUGAUUCGCCAGCGUCAUCUGCUUCAUGGCUAUGAAGCACGACUUCUGAAGCACGUGCCCAAAAUCAUCCACCUAGUGUGCAAAUUAUUGCUUGACUUGGCUGAGAACAGGCCAGUGGUGAUGAAGGACACAUCAGAAGGACCGGAACUCUCAGCUGAAAUCGAAAAGACUGUGUCUGAGAUGGUCACCAUGAGGCUGGAUAAAGAGUUACUGAGACACAACAGUGAUGCAUCUGAUCCAUUCAACCCCACCACAGUGGCAGCAGAGUUCGAGAAUCAGGAUGUGAUUCUUUCCAAUGAGCAAGAGUUCGACCCCCUUUGGAAAAGGCGGAAUAUUGAGUGCCUUCAGCCCCUGUCUCAUCUGAAAAGACGGCUCAGCUACAGCGACUCAGACCUAAAGAGGGCUGAGGCCCUCCUGGAGCAAGGGGAGACUCCAUGGACAGUGCCUGCCCAGGACCUGCUGGCCCACAGCCUCCCACAACAGAAGCCCAUAGACCAUUGUUACAUCCCACCAUCUCCAGAGCUAGGUUUAAAUAAGGAAGCCUUGGUUCGCAGUACAUUUUCUUUCUGGAAUCAGUCAAAGUGUGGAGGCUUAGAAGGCUUCAAGGAUGAUGGCUCACAACUUUUCCAUAGGAAGGACACUGCAAAGGAAGUACAGCGGAGUAGAACCUUCUCUGUGGGUGUAUCAUGUUCUCAUAACCCUGGGGAACCAAUAACACUCAACUUUGAAAACAUCCCUAAGGAUCUAGUGGCUCACUGUCAGUGUGAACCUGGCAGUGGUUGGGACCUAGGCUCUGUUAAGGAGGAGGACAGGACUCCUUCCAGCCCUCCAGACUGUGGUUCCAGUCCCAAGGGACUGUUCCCAUUUGGACAUGAAACCCAGAACAAGUGUCUGUCUCAAGUGCCAUACACUGCCUUGCAACCUGAAUUGAGUGUCGAGGCAAGGAGAAUCCUGGCAGCCAAAGCCCUGGCAAAUUUAAAUGAGUUUGUAGAAAAAGAAGAAGUGAAAAGGAAAAUAGAAAUGUGGCAGAAAGAACUGAAUUCCCGUGAUGGAGCUUGGGAAAAAAUACGUGGUGAGAGAGACCCUUUCAUCCUGUGUGGUUUGAUGUGGUCUUGGGUGGAGCAGCUGAAAGAGCCUGUAAUAACCAAAAAGGAUGUGGACAUGUUGGUUGAUAGACAAGCGGAUGCUGCUGAAGCCCUGUUCUUACUAGAGAAGGGACAGCACCAGACGAUCCUUUGCAUUUUGCACUGCAUAGUGAACCUGCAGACAAUCCCUGUGGAGGUAGAGGAAGCUUGCCUUGCUCAUGCCAUUAAAGCCUUCACCAAGGUUAAUUUUGAUUCUGACAACGGACCAGUAGUAUACAACACCCUGAAGAAAAUUUUUAAGCACACGUUGGAAGAAAAAAGAAAAAUGGCAAAAGACAGCCCUAAGCCUGGCCUCUUGUGAAGCUGACAUUCUCCAUGAGGUGGAUAUUUCAGACCUACAACUUCUAUAUCCUUUGUGUUCAUAGGUGAAUAAGCUAACACUUGUGGAGCUGCUUUUUUCCUGGCUUUUAUUUCCAGUGCUGUUAGCUUAUGCUGAGGAUGACCAUUCCUUUUUGGAGCAAUUAUUUAUUUUAAAAUAUCCCUGUGCUAUGUCUUAGUCUUGAAAAAUUGUCAUGAAAUUGGUGCCACUUCCUUUUAUUUAUUGGACUGAAUUAAUAUUGUUGGAUUAACAUUUUUUAAGUAUGUGAUGUUUACAUCCUUCUUUUUUUUUUUUUGACUUUUGGGAAAAAGUAGCUCUUCUUUCCAAAACAAUUAUUUUCUUGACAGAACUCUUCCUCGAGUGUUUACCAAAUAGAUAAUUUUAAUAGUAAAACCUCACUGCUUAUCCAUCCCCUGGACAUAUGACUGAAGAAAGUCACCAAGUGUCUUACACAGUUUUAUAUUUAUUACUAAGAUGGCUAUUAAUACAUUUUAAAGGACUUUUUAAACCCUGUUUGAAAUAUUUUUUCUUUUCUUUUUAUAAAAGUGACAGAGGGUUUCAAAAUGUUAUUGUUGUUCUGAAUGAUUUAGUUUUACUUUAAUGGAUUGACUGAGGAGUGAUUGGGAUUUUUUUUUCCUUAUUGAAAGUGGACUUGUUCUUUGUCAGGCUUCCAGACAAACUCUUCAGCCUUGGCUGUCUUAGGAGGCAAGAGCCAUUCUCAACAUACUAGGCCUUAUUCCCACUCCCUUGAGUUGCUGCCAAGCCAACCCACCUCUUGACAGAGAAAGUAGGAUCAGAAGCUGGCAGUAUUUGACGUUGCUAAGGAGCAGGACUAGCCUUUGUCCUCCCAGGGACUCCACAGAAAGGACAGUGGCUGGGGGAGGGCCCCGUAUUGGCCCUGCUAUCUCCAGGCCUCAUAGCUACUCUGUAGAGGCAGCUCAGAGCUAGAGCAAGUCAGAGCAGGACCCUAGUGUGUGCUGAUGGGGUCUUGGCACAAGCAGCUUGGCUUAGGCCCCACAUCUGCAAAUCAGCCAUUUCAUACACCCACUUGCCUCAGGCUUCUGUCUUACACUGCUCUUUGGCUGUAAAGAUUACAUUUUAAAAUUGAAUUUGACCCCAUGUUACAUUCAUCCUACCUGGCUUCAGAUGCAAACAGGUGACCACCUAAACUUCUUCAUUGUGGGUCAACCUAUCAAUCAGCAAAUAAAGCCAUAACUCUUACUUAAAUUAAUAUGUGCACGUAUCAGAGGCUAAGCCAUAGAGAAGAUAGUAGUUUUCUCAAUAAAGGUGUUAUUACUAGACCAAUUCAAACUAAGGAAGCAACUACUUGAUUUUCAAGAGAAAAAUUUCAGGGGAAAUAAGACCAAUUUAGAAUAAGUGAAAUUUCUCCAAUGUCUACAUGAAUUUGAGCAAUAUCAUAUCAAAAAGUAUUUUAGUUCUGAUUAGCCUCACUGACUCUAAAAGUAAAUUCAGUUUUCUUCCACACUUUGAAUUUUCUUGGAAAAUCACACACAGUGGAUGUUAGUGGAACCACUUCCCAUUCCCAGAAUAUCUCAUUCAAGUGCCUGCUUGGGAAAGGAGAAACAAUUGCAUUUUAUUCCAAGAUAAAUUAUAAAAUGUAGGAUUGUUACCAAAAAAUAAAAUGUUUGUCUUUACCUUUGUUGGCCUUGGGGAUAAGUGAUACUAUGGAGCUUUUGAUUGGCUUCUUUCCUUGCCUUGCCUUUCCUUUUCUUUCCUUUCCUUUCUGCCAAAAAAGCCAGCUAUAUGCCUGUAUCUUAAACAUUUGUUUCAAAUUAUAAAAGUCACGUUGUGAUCAUGGCACCAUACAUCUAAAAAUGCAAGUACAGCAGCCUGAAAAAAUGUGACCAGGCUGUAUGCAAGCAUUGUAUUUAUUGGAAUAAAAAUUAAA